CAAGUUGGACUGAAGGGUCUGUAUAUGUGCUAUAUGACUCUCCAACUCGAUACAAAAGUGUUCACAAUCUAUGGAAUGAUUUUUAUAUGUUUUUUUGCCAUUUCUCGCAAACAUAUUUGUUCAAAAUGGGCCAAGUGUAAUUUUUAAAGUUGCAUAGUUUCAACCUGUUUUAUAAACUGUAAAAUUUCAAUUAAAUCUGUUGUUUUCCAGAACUGCUGGGCCUGGCACAGGUUCCUCAUUUCCCCGUCUUAGUGCAAGCUCCUGCAGGGAACAGCACCGCCCACCUCAGCCGCUUCACAUACAUCCCAACGGAAGCUGCACAUUUCCACACACAACCUCACUGCAAGGCAACACAUUCACCCGGGGGAGUCACUGCUGUCAACAAAAUGACUGGUUCACAGUGCUCGGGGCGAGAUAGUGAGAAGGAGAAGGCUGUAGCUACCAGUGAACAUCGAGACACACGGAGAGCAGGUUCUGAGGAGGGGAUUUGUACAGCAGCACACUCUGAACCCCACACUCGCGCUCCCCCUUCUCCCCAUACCCGUGUCCCCACCUCGCCCCCCACUCAAGCCUCCCCAUCACCCCACACCCACCCCUCAACACACACUCGUGCCCCUGCCUCGCCCCAUACCCACACCCACACCCACCCCUCACCCUACACGCGCUCCCCUCUAACACAUGAAAAUAUCCAGCAUCGACCCAGUGUUCUCCAGAAUACCAGAGUCAGACACGUUAUCACUUCCAUGGACCCAGCAAUGCCAUCAGUUCUGAGACAUGUAUCCUGUGUCCCAUCACCAGGACGACCUGCUGCCCUGGCUCUCCCCCAGCAAUACCCUCCCAGUGGUCCUGAGAGAAUUGCUACUUCACCACCAGCUCGUUCUCGGCUUAACGACAGCAGGACAGAGAGCCACAGAAUGGACAACUUCCUCACUGCCCGGCCGCCAGCUUCAGACUGGUCAGGGCAUAGAAGCAUCAAUAACAGGGCACAAGCAAUCCCAAUUGGUCAGUACAAUUCCAGUCCAGAGAAGCAGCAUUCUGCAGAACCAUGUGUCGUCACUGCCCUGAGUCGGCGAUGUAAGGAAAAGGACCCAAAUCAACCAUCGUCCAGCAAUGAACAGGACCCGCAGGAAUUUCGUAAGAUCACUGACUCUGUCUUUCUCCUGUCUCUAACCUGCAUAUAGUUGCACAUGAUGGCC